AUGAGUGAUUUAAUCCCUGAAGCUUAAUAUAGGAUUCCAAAAAUAAACUCUAGCCUUCUCGAAUCCAGAGAACCAAACAAAAAUGUUUUAUUAAAUAGGACAAUCUAAUCCAAAUCGUAACAUAAUAAGAAGCAACAACUAAUUGCAACAUCGUCACAUCACUCUCUUCCAUACACUGGCACUGCUUUAUAGUAUUCUAUUGGAUAAGGUAAUCAAUCAAAAGAUAAUGUAUCAAUCUAACGGACUAGUUAAUUGAAUAAAAUAACUGAAUAAAAAGAUAUUUAGAAUGAUAUAAUCAACAUUAAUUGGUUUAUUCAUUAAAAAAAGAAAGAACAGUCAGUUCAAAAUUAAUAUUUCCUCAAAGAAAUCAGUAGAAUUAGAUGUAUUUACUUAUUCUUUUUUUAGAACAUUUUAAAAUGAAAGCUAAGAUUAGGAAUAAAUUAUAAAAUGAAAGAAAAUCUACUACUUCAUCAUAGGAUAAAUACGAGAAGUGUUGGGAUGAAACCUUAAAGGAAAUGAAUGAAGAUCCUAAAACCUGUGAUGUAAUUGAUGAUUCAUCUAGAAAAAAUAACGAAGAGCAAUUUAAAAGGAUUAAGAAACCAAAGCAUUUAAAAAGUCAGGUAAUGUUAUUAUUUUCAAUUUUUAGAUAUUUUCUAAAAUUAGAGAAUAAGAGGAUCAGUAUUUUAAAGCCCAGUCUAAAUCUAUUAUCAAAUUGAUGAAAUAGAGAUCUUUGCAAAUCGUAGAUGAAGUUACUGCUCAAAUAGAAUAAGAAUAACUAUUGAAAAGAGAAUAAUAAUAUUAAAGAUCCAAAGAACGAGAAGAGGGAAAAUAAGAAAUUAUCAAAUCUUUGAGUAACAAAGUAUAAGGAAAAUUGCUUAAAUUACUCUAAAUUAAGUAAUCCAAUCCUCAACUACAACAAUCUAAAUAAGCCAAUGAUGUUACCAAUUCAUUUUCCAGAUACAAUAAACGCAGAUCUAAAAGUUUUAAUUCUGUUCUUCCCGUUUUAUAAGAUAAAGGAUUACUUCAAAUUCAAAAUUAGAUAUAAAAUCGGAGACCCUUAUUUAAUAAAUAAAAUGUAAUUGAAAAUCAGAAUUUUUCAAGACUGCUCUGA